CACUGCAAGAUUUUUUUUUUAACACAACUAUGUAAAAAGUUGAAAAAAAAUACAAAUUUCAUCAGUAACAUUAUUUUAAUACUUUAUUCAUAUCUAGCCAUCAUAUUUAAUUAUUACAUAAUUUGUAUAUGUUGCACCCCAGCGACCCCGAAAGGGACAAGCGGUAGAAAAUGGAUGGAUGUUUCAACCUAUAAAUAUGUCUCCCCAAAAAAUACAUUAAAAAAAUAUAUAUAUAUUUUAAACUUUUGUCUUACCGGUACAUGUUAGAUCAUUAUUGUGUUUAGUGGGCCUAUUUAUAUAUACAUAUAACUAUUAGUGUGUCAUUUCUAAAAGAGAAAUAUGUAUGAUUUAGAGAAGAGUAUGUUAUUAAUAUAUUUUUUCAGGUAGGUGGUGUGCGGCGAAAUAUGAGUCUUGUAUUGUAGGUUCCCGAUUUUUUAAUAGUAGAUAAGUUAACCAUACUUUGAGCCUCAACGUGUCAUUUGUAACCGCAUUAAAGAGGCCAAUGAGAAGAGGUAAGACUUAAAGUGAUGAUAUUACGACAAUGAUGCUGUUGUGCCGCUGCGAGAGAGCAGGUCGUGCCCCCCACUCUCGCACAGAGCGUCUUGUAACCUGUAGCGUGACACAUUUAGCUUGUAAUCCAGGUAGUGGUGCCGUGUGACACCAGUGCGAGAAACAAUGAAAUACUAAAGAAACAAAAGAGCGCACGUUUUAGCCUGAGAUUGAAAAGAGACGACAACAUUGUGUAAUCCCUUUGGCUAGAGUUGCUGACAGGGGACAACCCUUUAAAAUGGCCCCCCUCUCCUGUCCUGUCCUGUUCGGUCCCCCCGCCCCUCUUGUCCAGCCCCUGUCUUUCUUCUCCACACAGGCUGACUGACUGCCCUAAAGACACCUGCUCUCACUAACAGGGAAGAACCGUCACCUUUGGACUAUCAGCCGGCCUUCUGUCGUCCUCUCUGAAGCAGGACAGCGCUCCCCACGGGAUAAAAGGUAUACAACAAACUACUUUACUAUUUUUAACAAUUUAGUAUACGAGAAGACCUCCUGCAGCUCCAUCACCUCUAAACUGAGAAAAAAGCCCAGCAGUUGUAUCAUGAUCGAGGGGGAACGCGAGCUGUCGGCUAUGGUGCAGGAACUAUGGGACAAUGACGUCAACCGACUACGGCCUGGGAAGGACUACAGGAUCUCCCUGCAGGGAAAAGCUGGAGUCAACAUGGCCAUCAACGACGACGACAACGACGGAGCAGGAUAUCCUCUGUUUAAGUUUGUCGACGAGAAUAUUUUCCAAAAGGAAACAUUUUUAGCUUUUAUCUCCUUGUUGGAUAACUACGUGAGUGACACCGGAGAGCCAGAAGUUGUGACUGCAGAAGAGGUGGCAGAGAACCACAAGUUCCUGGACUCCAUUGUUCAGACUCCCACUAUGAAGAUAGCUCACAAAUACCUGGUGGAGAAGCAGCUCUCUCCACAAGAUACGACGCAGUUUAAAGAGCAGCUCUACAGGAUCUGGUUUGAACUCUACGCAAGGAGAGGAUCCAGCAGGCCUGACUCCUCGGGUUUUGAACACGUAUUUGUUGGAGAAACCAGAGGAGGGAGGACGGUCAUCGGCUUUCACAACUGGAUCCAGCUCUAUCUGCAAGAGAAGCUGGGACACAUUGACUACAAAGGAUACAGCGUCAAUGCAAACUCACCCAAGCCCGAUGAGAACGAGCACAUUUUGGCUCUGCAGUUCAGCUGGAAGAACGGCAUCAAGCCUAAAGGCAGCAUCUUCAUCGGCGUCAGUCCAGAGUUUGAGUUCGCCUUGUACACUCUGUGUUUCCUCUCCUCACCCAACGAGCGUGUCAAAGUCCAGUUCAGUUUCUAUGAUGUGGAGAUUGUCUGCCACCACUACAACCAAAAGCACAUAGGGACCACUUACCCUGUGCUCCUUAAGUACCACAACCACACUUAGGCUGUCCAUUUAUAGCAUGCAAAAAUGUACAGGUACUGUUGUCUUUUUAUUUCACAUGAAGAUGCAAUAAAACCUUACGA